AUGGACUUAGAAUCAGAAACUGGCCCAAAGCCACCUUCAUGCCCAAUGGAGACAAAAAAACAGCUCUCAAAGCUCAGUCUGACUUUUCCUAUGGAAACACAGGUGUUGGAAAACCAAACAGUGGUUAUAGAAUUCAUCCUUCUGGGAUUUGGAGAUACCCCAGCUCUUCACAUCCUGCUCUUUCUCAUGGCCUUGAUUAUAUACAUGAUGACCAUUGUUGGGAACAUCCUCAUUGCUGCACUUGUUGUGACUGAUCACCAUUUACACACAGCAAUGUACUACUUCCUGGGUAAUUUGUCCUUCCUGGAGACCUGCUACAGUUCAACCAUCCUGCCCAGGAUGCUGGCCAGCAGCGUGACUGGAGACAGAUCCAUUUCUCUCACAGGCUGUUUUCUACAGAUGUACUUCUUUGGUUCCCUGGCUGCAACAGAAUGUUUUCUCUUGUCUGCAAUGUCCUACGAUCGCUAUUUGGCCAUAUGCAAACCUUUGCACUACACGUCCCUCAUGAGGACCAGGAAUUGCUUCUGUUUAGUGGCUGCAUCCUGGAUAAGUGGCUUUCUAGGAAAUGCCGUAUUAUUUCCACUGCUGCAGCUGACCUUCUGUGGGCAGAAUGAAAUCGAUUUCUUUUGUGACUUCAACCCCUUGCUGAAAUUAGCAUGCAGCGAGACUCAGGGAAUAGUUACCUUUGCAUUCGUGAUUGCUUGCAUUUUCACAUUGCCCCCUUUCCUCUUGACAAUGACAUCCUAUGUUUGGAUCAUGGCCACCAUCCUGAGAAUCUCCUCUUCCAUAGGCAGGAAAAAGGCUUUUUCCACCUGUUCAUCCCAUCUCAUUGUAGUUACCAUUUUCUAUGGGUCCCUGAUAAUCGUCUAUAUGUUGCCUGACACACAGGCACUGAGGUGCUUGAACAAAGUUUUCUCUGCCCUUUACACUGUCUUGACUCCUAUGAUCAAUCCCCUCAUAUACAGCCUGCGCAAUAAAGAGGUGAAAGAGGCCCUGAAGAAAAUAAUUCAAGUUAGGUGAAGAUAAAACAUGGCAUGAUGCUGUGUAUCCUGGCUCUAUAGGAUUGCUUGAAUCACUGUGGUAAAGAUAGAAAGAAUGUAGAACCUUAUAAAGCACCCCACAUCUUACAAGUAUAAUGCUAAAAUAUGCACUAGGAUUCUCAAGUUACAGUGCUGAAAUUUUCUUAGUUGCAUUCCAUAUGCCUGGAGAACUUUAGAUACUUGGUGAUUCUUCCACAUGGGGCAUCUCAGAAGGUGGUAAGUCCCUGCUUCAGCCAAAGACUUCACAAAGACCAUUUGUUGGAACACAGUGGUUGAAAGAAUGGAACUCUGCAAUUCUCAAGUCAAUGCUGUAAAACAUGUCAGUGUAGAAAGAGGUUUUGAACCUCUGAUUGGACUAGCUCAAUAGAUCAUCAGGGAAGUACCAGCACAAACAUUUAUUUCUGAAAGCUCUCACACAUUCUCCAACUUGUGAUCAAUUGAAAAAUGUAUUUUCUCUCUUAAAAUACACUUUCACAGUUUGCUCAUCAGAAACAGGCACAUUUUAUCCAUCCAUUUGUCCAAUUUCAUUUCUGUCAAAAGGAAUAAAGUUGUGGCUCUAUGUUUGUCCAGA